AUGCCGCUUCUCUUCAAGCAGAUCAAGCAUGUGGUGACGCCGUUCGCGCUAAGCGCCUACUUCUGUGCGAAGCACCCGAUCCACGUGCUCAUGGCGACGCUGAUUUUUGCGUCCACGGCGUACUUGACAGUGGUGGAUGAGUACUUCAAGGGCUGGCAGCUGGACGCGAAGAGCAUCUUCGCGCAGCCGGCGCUGGCAGACGAGUGCGUGCACUACUAUCGGGCGCCAGCGAGCGACAACUGGACGCAGGUGACGGCCGGACAGCUGCAGGGCAUGAGCGCGGACCACUACUACCUCAUGGAGGUGGAGUUCGACGCGACCAACGCGACGCAGCCGUUGCCGGCGAUGGACAACAUCGUGCACAGGGAGGGCCACUCGCAAUACGUCUUGCAGGACUCGCUGGCGCUUCCGCCGGUCUUGCGGACCGGCGACGCGGUGUGGAAGCUGCGCGCGCACCGCCACAAGAUCUACGAUAUCAGACACUAUCUGCAGUCAGCGUAUAACGACCUCCGCGGGAGGAUAUUCGACGCAGAGCCCUUCGAUGUCUUCAUUAUCGGCUCUGCCUACCUGGGCAUGCUCUACACGAUCGUGGGCUUGUUCCUGGACAUGCGCAAGGUCGGGUCCAAGUUCUGGAUCGGCUUGUCUGCGCUCUUCAACUCGGUCUUCGCGUUUGUGUUCGCCUUGUAUACGUGCCAGUACGUGCUCGAAAAACCCGUUUCCCUCUUGAGUUUGGUCGAAGGCAUUCCGUUCGUCGUGGCCGUGGUGGGCUUCCGCCACAAGAUCAAACUCGCCGCCUUCGUGGUGACCCACUUCAAAAACUUCGGCAUCUCCAAGCGCGAGACCGCCGGCGACAUCGUGUACGAGGCCCUCCGCCAGGAGGGCCAGCGCCUGGUGCAGGACCACUUUUUGUGCAUCCUUGCUUUUUCCGGCUGCUCCCUCUACGCGUCGUCGCUCGAGGUCUUGACCAACUUCUGCGUCUUGGCCGCGCUCCUGUUGCUCUACGACCUCCUGUUGACCUGCACCUUCUACGCCUCCGUCUUGGCCUUGAAGCUCGAGAUCAACCUGAUCCACCGCUCCACCGCCAUCAAGCAGGCGUUGGAGGAGGACGGCGUGUUCACGUCCACCGCCGGCAUUGUGUCGGAUGCGGAGACAAAGUCCAUGCUGUCGCUGCUGACGUCCAACACCAGCAUCACCCUCCUGAAACUCGUUAUCGUCCUGGGCUUUAUCGGCGUCAACUUCUAUAAUUUCGGCACGCGCUGGACCUACAACGCGCUCCCGCCCAUUGCCCCGGCCCUGCGCGCAGGCCCAGUCCCGACGUUUAUCGCCUCGCAAAUAGGCCCGUCCGCUAUUAUCUCCAUGCCCCCGGUCCAGUACUACGAGCCCAUGAAGGUGUAUUUUCAGGUCGAGGAUACCAUCCUAUCCUCGUUGCGGUUUAUUAGCGUUGCCAUAAGGGAUAGGUUUAUCAGUAAACUCGUAUUGUUCGCAUUGGCAAUCAGUGCUUCUAUUAAUGUUUACCUAUUGAACAUCGCAAGGAUCCAUACCGAAUUCACGACCAACGAAUUGAACAACAAAAAGAAAGCCCGGAAAACGGCCUCCUUUUCGGUAGGGUCGACUCCGAUUGUCGUCCCCGCCCGUGAAACUAUCCCGAAAUCUACCGUCUCUUCUUCGGAGACAAAGGUCGUAGGUUCUGUCGCGUCGUCUAUAGUGCCGUCCGAUGACGAAACUGAAACGGAAGACGAGGCAGAGCCUGUGCGCCCGCUAGCGACCUUGAUUGACGUUUUGCGGAAGGGUGCAGUGAAAACGUUGAAGAACAAAGAGGUGGUAUCUUUGGUUGUCAACAGUGAGCUCCCAUUGUACGCCCUAGAAAAACAGCUAGGCGAUACUACCCGCGCCGUCAUUGUCCGCAGAAAGGCAUUAGCAAAAUUGGCGGAUGCGCCUGUUUUGGAAACGGAGCGCUUGCCAUACAAACACUACGACUACGACCGCGUCUUCGGCGCGUGCUGUGAAAAUGUCAUCGGGUACAUGCCUUUGCCUGUGGGCGUGAUCGGGCCAUUAGUCAUAGACGGCGUGGCGUACCACAUCCCCAUGGCAACGACCGAGGGCUGUCUCGUCGCGUCGGCCAUGCGCGGGUGCAAGGCCAUCAACGCGGGCGGCGGCGUGACGACGGUGUUGACCAAAGACGGCAUGACGCGGGGCCCGUGCGUGCGGUUCCCGUCGCUGGCCCGGGCGGGCGCGUGCAAGCUCUGGCUCGACUCGGAGGAGGGCCAGGCGCGCGUCAAGCGCGCGUUCAACUCGACGUCGCGCUUCGCGCGCUUGCAGCACGUGCAGACCGCGCUCGCGGGCGACCUGCUCUUCAUCCGCUUCCGCACCACGACCGGCGACGCGAUGGGCAUGAACAUGAUCUCCAAGGGCGUCGAGUUCGCGUUGCACCAGAUGGGCGCGGAGUUCGGCUGGCACGACAUGGAGAUCGUCGCGGUCUCCGGCAACUACUGCACGGACAAGAAGCCGGCCGCCAUCAACUGGAUCGAGGGCCGCGGCAAGAGCGUCGUCGCCGAGGCCACCGUGCCCGCGGACGUCGUGCGCAAGGUGCUCAAGAGCGACGUCGCCGCCUUGGUCGACGUCAACAUCUCCAAGAACCUCGUCGGCUCCGCCAUGGCCGGCGCCGUGGGCGGCUUCAACGCCCACGCGUCCAACCUCGUCACCGCGCUCUACCUCGCGCUCGGCCAGGACCCCGCGCAGAACGUCGAGAGCUCCAACUGCAUCACGCUCAUGCGCGACGUGGGCGGCGACCUCCGCGUCUCCGUCUCCAUGCCCUCCAUCGAGGUCGGCACCAUCGGCGGCGGCACCAUCUUGGGCCCCCAGAGCGCCAUGUUGGACCUCCUCGGCGUGCGCGGCCCGCACCCCUCCGCCCCCGGCACCAACGCGCGCCAGUUGGCCAAGAUCGUCGCCUCCGCCGUGCUCGCCGGCGAGCUCUCCUUGUGCUCCGCGCUCGCCGCGGGCCACCUCGUCCAGAGCCACAUGAUCCACAACCGUGCCAAGACCCCCGCGGACCCCGAAGUGCCCUGCCGCCGCCCCGCCUGCAUCUAG